AGUUCUUCGCCAUCCUCGGCACAAAGUGGACGCACUCGUCCGUUUCUCUCCAAUUGAUUUUUGUUGUUGACCAGUUUGCGCUCUAAGAGCCUCUGUCAGUUUAUUACCAAGUUUCACUUUCUUCACAAAAAAAAAAAAUAAAUAAAUUUUUUUUUAGACCGUGAUGAUGAUGAUGGAUAAUUUCGAGUGACAACCAAUCGACACACUUUAGCCUUUUCCCGUAAACCGAAUUCUACACUCGCAGUGUGUGUGUGUGUGUGUGUCUGUGAUUGUGCGCGCAUGUGUGUGUGUGCGCAGUGUAGACCUUAGUGCUGCGUGCGUGAAUCUUAAAAAGAAAAAAAGGAAAAAAAGAUAAGACAAUUUGACCUACGACCUGCCCUGAACUUGCAAAUCGCCAUGGCUGCGUCGUCAUUGAUUUCGCUCGUGUGUCUUGUUUUCACCAUUUUUUGCUUAGCAUCGAUGCAAGUGAGCGCGUCUGGCGUGUUCGAAUUGCGCUUUGACCGCUUUCAGAAUGAGUUGGGCCGCGACGCCAAAGGUCAUUGCUGCGACGGAUUCAAAACAUCGUCGCCGUCCUCUUCGAGCGGAACUGGCGGCCGGUGCAGUGAAGCGUGCCGCACGCAAUUUCGGGUCUGCCUCAAGCACUACCAAACGAGCAUCGACUUGUCUGGCGUGUGCACUUAUGGCGAUUUUUCCACACCCGUCCUCGGCGAGAAUUCGCUUGAUUUUAGCGCCGCUGCCGCUAACAGCUCUUCAUCUGUCAACGCCAACAAGGACAACGCCGCCAAUGGAUACACCGUCCGAUUGCCAUUCGAAUUCUCUUGGCCCGGCACUUUCUCGCUGAUCAUCGAAGCCUAUCACCAGUCAUCCAACAAAACUACAGGCAAAGUGCUUGUAAUGCAGAUGGCCACGCAAAGGUGGAUGGAUUCGUCGAACGCGUGGAAAGCCGAUUCUUAUUCGGACGCGGAUGGAUUGCACGCGCUCAACUACAGCUAUCGGGUGAAAUGCGACGAGCAUUAUUACGGCGACGGAUGCGCUAACCUCUGCCGGCCCCGCGAUGACAAAUUCGGCCACUACACCUGUUCGGAACCGAGCGGCGACAAGGUGUGCCUCCCCGGCUGGAGCGGCGAGUACUGCAGCAAAGCCAUCUGCUUGCCUGGAUGCCACGACGAGCACGGCUUCUGCAACGAUCCCAACGAAUGCCUAUGCAAAUUGGGAUGGCAAGGCAAAUUGUGCGACCAAUGCAUUCGCUACCCGGGCUGCCUGCACGGAUCGUGCCAACAACCGUGGCAGUGCUAUUGCAACGAAGGUUGGGGCGGUUUGUUUUGCAAUCAAGAUCUCAACUACUGCACCAAUCACAAGCCCUGCAAGAACGGCGGCACCUGUUUCAACACGGGUCAGGGCUCCUACACCUGUACCUGCUCUGCCGAGUACACCGGAACCGAUUGCGAGUUGGUCAAAGAUGAUUGCACUGUCAUUCCGUGCCUCAACGGUGGAACCUGUUCGGGCGAAACAAAUGCUACGUGCAACUGCCCGACGGGAUUUCACGGACGCCGCUGCGAAACUUCUACACAGCAGACAUGCACCGACAAUCCAUGCCUUCAUGGUGCCACCUGCGUGGACACGACCGACAAGGGCUACAUGUGCCUCUGCCCCGAUGGUUUUGAUGGCGCCAACUGCGGCCACCAGGUGGAUGACUGCGCUGUGAAUCGGUGCCAAAAUGGCGGCUCUUGUGUCGACAAGGUGAACGGUUUCAAAUGUAUAUGCCCAGCGGGUUUUACGGGCCCACUGUGCCAGACGGACAUCGAUGACUGCCAAACGGAUAAUCCGUGCCUGAACGGAGGCUCGUGCGCCGACCUGGUCAAUUCGUUCCGCUGCCUCUGCGUGCCGGGCUUCACUGGCUCGUUGUGCCAAACGAACGUGGACGAUUGCCUGACGAAGCCGUGCUCGAAUGGCGGCCAGUGCCACGAUCUAGUGAAUGACUUCCGUUGCACUUGCAAGCCGGGCUUCGCCGGCAAAGAUUGCAGCCAAGAAGUGAACGAGUGCUCUAGCCGGCCGUGCCUCAACGGCGCCACUUGCAUCGACCGAAUCAACGAAUACAAGUGCGUCUGCCCGCGCGGCUACUCGGGCUUGCGAUGCGAGCGCUCUGCUGCCGCGGCCAAACUCAACGCAACGGCACCGACUGUGCUCGGCAGCGCUUCCCGCUUGAGCAACGUGCCCUCGGACGCUUCGCUGUCUGUCGCCCAAAUCGUCAUGAUCGCCACCAUUUCGACGGCCGUCCCUCUGAUCGCCAUCGUGUCCUGCGUGGUCAUCGUUUGCCUCAAGAAACGCCGUCAAAAGGAACAAAUGCGAUCGGACGAAGAGGCCCGGCGUCAAAACGAGCAGAAUGUCGUCCACUCCAUCAGCAAGAAGAUGGACAAGAUGGACAAAUGCUUGGAGGAGCACCGGAUCAUCAACACGCUGGACUUCCCCUCGACCGGCAAAGGCAAGGCCAUCAACGAGCCGGACUACGCUGUCGUCCAAACGAAGGACGUGUCGCCUCACCACCACCACCAGCAGCAGCAACAGCAACAACAACAGCAGCAGCAGCAGCAACAACAACAGUACAACAUCCACCGAACGAGCAAAGCGCUCAACGUGGAAACGUUCAACAGCGACAAGCUGCUGAACUCGUCCUCUUGUCAAUCGAAGGAGGUGAUUUCGAGUUGCGAACCAACUUACGUCACGCUGGACAAGAGACUGUCGGUCACGCCCAGCGUCACGUGUUCAUCUUCGCCGAGUGAACACAAACGACCGUUUCCCUUGCAGCAUGAAGAUGUCCUCGCAACAUCGGUCUGAGAGUCGUCGAGCGAAUUGUUUUCUCCACUUGCAACAUGACGAACGUUUCAUAUAAUUUGCCUCACAAAUAUUCUUUUUUUUUUCUUUGCCUAUUUUUGAAAAUAGUUGUUGAUUUGUCUUUGAAUGUCUUUAUUCUUAUUUUUUUGCUACGUUUUUCCCUUUUUUUAUAUUUUUGUCCGCACACAGUCCAAAGAGACCAAAAUCAUUUUUGAUUUUUUUUUCCCUACCCUGUGUCCUAAUUCUCCAACCUAUUCAGUCCCUCAACUCUCCACCGACUAUCUAAUUUUCCCCUCAGACGAGAAACGGGACAUGAUCCUCCGGAUACUUGUUUACUAUUACGAAUACUAUUAAUUAUUAUUAUUUGCUGGUUUAUUAAUUUUUUUUUUCUUUUUGUUCUCAACCUGUUCUGACACAAUGUGUGAUAUGUUUUAUGUCGUGAACUUACAACUACACAGAUGUUUCACCCAA